CAGAGGCCACAGUCACCUCAAUGCUUACUGUGGACCAAGCAAUCUUGAAUGAAUAGUUAGAGCAACUUCCAGCUUUCUUAGACAAAAGGGAGACAAGCUUCCAAGCUUGAAUUUUAAUCUGUAUGAAAUUCUUCACACUGAUUUAAGAGCUGCAAGAUGCAGGAGAGAAGCUGUGAGCAAGAUGCACCCCUAUCUUUAAUGAUGAAGGAUGCUUAUUCUGCAGAGGAGAGCAAUCAUGCAAACCACCAUGAAAACACAUAUGAAGAUUCAUCUUCUUUUGACCUCUUUUAUGAUUCCCUCUCAGACAUACAGGGUACAGAAUUUCCACAUGAGUUGUCUGCUUUUCUUAGUGAAGAGGAGAUAAACAAAAGCCUUGAACUUGCCCAGGAAUCUAUUAUGAAUCCUGUAGAGGAUGGGAAGGCAAAGCAGGAGGUCACAUAUUACUUCAACACCUCUUCUCCAAACUCACCAGAGGAGACCAAAGUGUGUGAUCCAGAUGCUUCCAAGAGGACUCAGGUAACAAGCCCAAAUUGCCUACUGAUUGCAUCUCAAAGUCUCCCAGAGCAGAAAAAGAAGAAUGUACAUUCUGAAGAAGCAAGCAAUAUUUUCAGUGUUACUGGGGGGAAAUCUAGCAUAUCACCCCUGCUACCUGCUAGGCCAAGCUUUAUUCGGAGUCUCAAACAUGCCGAAAAAUGUGGUCCAAGUGUGCAAAAGAUGAGCCCUAAGUCCAAAUCAUCAUCCAACAGUGAAGCUCCUUCCAAGAACAAGCUGUGUGAUAAAGCUGCCACUUUGAUAGAAGAACUCUCUUCCAUAUUUAGAGAAGCAGCCAAGACAAGAGUUAGGAGCCCAGAUGGAAACUCUUCUUCCCCAGACAGUGGGUACCUGUCCCCUAAAAACAAACAGUCAGUCAUGUCAAAUUCCUUAAUGAACUCAAUCCCAGACAAAACAUGUCAAGAGGGCAUUGCUGAAAAUGAGUUACCCAAAGUCACUCACAAUAGAGAAUCUGUGUUCCACAGGAAGGACAGCUCUCAGGCCAAUGAAAAUGACUCCCUGAACCAGCUUUCAAAGGAAAGUCACAAUCAAUUGUCAGCCCCUCAAUUUACCCUAAAACUCAGGAGUCUGGAAGUUGCUGAAGGAAGCAAGGUGCUGCUAGAAUGCAGAGUUACUGGAAACCCAACACCUCAUGUCAGGUAA